CCACGUUAAGACAAGCAGCCUCACCAGGCAGGAGCAGCGGCAGAGAUUCUUUCUGGUUGUUUUACUCCUAGACAAUGUUGAAGAACUUCUGAGUUUUAGAGACAGUGAAGAGAAGAUGGAGCAUAAAGGCCUGUUAAGUCCUAAAUUCUGGAAUUCAGCAAUGAUACAUUGUGGAAAAAAACAUAUUUUUGCUGUUGUAACAUGUGUUCUUUUUACAAGCAUGUUGAUCUUCUCCUGGAGAGACACUCAGCUACAGAAUAACAUAACUAGAAAACUCUUCCCCCAGCCAACAGUUGCCAGUCCAGCAGGUGAGCUUUGUAGGGGAAAACCGGCUCAAAAUGUAAUAACAGCAUUAAAAGAUAACAGAACUUUUAUUAUAUCCCCAUACUUUGAUGACAGAGAAAGCAAAGUCACUCGCGUGAUCGGGAUCGUUCACCAUGAAGAUGUAAAACAGCUAUACUGCUGGUUCUGCUGUCAGCCCGAUGGACAGAUAUAUGUAUCAAAAGCAAAAAUCGAUGUUCAUUCAGACAGAUUUGAAUUCCCUUACGGUGCAACAGACAUAGUUUGUCUGGAACCCCCAAACUGCGAUCCAACACACGUGUCCAUUCAUCAGUCUCCACGGGGAAACACUGACCAGCUGCCAAGGUUUGAAAUUAAAAACCGCAAGGCUGAGACCUUUUCUGUUGACUUCACCGUGUGCAUCUCUGCCAUGUUUGGAAAUUACAACAACGUCUUGCAGUUCAUACAGAGCGUAGAAAUGUACAAGAUUCUCGGGGUACAGAAAGUGAUGAUCUACAAGAACAACUGCAGCCACCUGAUGGAGAAAGUCUUGAAGUUUUAUAUAGAAGAAGGAACUGUAGAGAUAAUUCCCUGGCCAAUAGACUCCCACCUCAGGGUUUCUGCUGAGUGGCGCUUCAUGCAAGACGGAACACACAUUGGCUACUACGGACAAAUCGCAGCUCUAAACGACUGUAUAUACCGGAACAUGCAGAGGAGCAAGUUUGUGGUUCUUAGUGAUGCUGAUGAAAUCAUUCUUCCCCUUAAGCACCCAGACUGGAAAACAAUGAUGAGCAGUCUUCAGGAGCAAAACCCACGGACUGGUGUUUUCCUCUUUGAGAACCAUAUCUUCCCCAAAACCGUGUCUACUCCUGCGUUCAACAUUUCGGCCUGGAAUGCUGUGCCGGGUGUUAACAUAUUGCAGCACGUUCACAGAGAGCCUGACAGGAAAGACGUGAUCAAUCCCAAGAAAAUGAUAAUUGAUCCACGAAAGGUGGUUCAGACGUCAGUCCACUCUGUCCUGCGGGCUUACGGGAAGAGCGUGAAUGUUCCCAUGGAUGUUGCCCUUAUUUAUCACUGUCGGGUGCCCCUUCAAGGAAACCUUCCCCGAGAAUCCCUCAUCAGGGAUACAACUCUGUGGAGAUACAACUCAUCGUUAAUCAUGAGCGUUAACAAGGUGCUAAAUCAAACCGUGCUGUGA